AUGGGGCUGAAGUUUUCAAAGCAGAGCCAUGGGAGGGCCGACAAUAUGAGCUUAGCUCAUGCCCACCAGCAAGUGAUCCACUAUCUCAUCACAAACUUCUUUAUACGUAACUUGGUGUCCAAGAAAAGAAGGCGACUACUUGUUGGAGGCUAUGAUCUUGACAUGUCAUAUAUUACGGAUCGCAUAUUGGCAAUGUCAUUCCCUGCAGAACGUAUGCGGGCAGUGUACCGAAAUCCUCUCUGGCAGGUCAAGUCAGUUCUGGACAUGCGACACCAAGGACACUACAAGAUCUAUAACCUUUGCAUUGAAGAAACUUACGAUCCGUCGCAUUUUUAUGGUCGCGUGGAGACAUAUCCAUUCGACGACAACCAUGUUCCCCCACUUCAAAUGGUCAAACAGUUCUGCGAAAGCGUGCAUACAUGGCUAUCUCGUGACCCAAAAAAUGUUGCGGUGGUGCAUUGCAUGGCAGGUAAGGGUCGGACAGGUUUAAUGGUGUGCACCUACCUUGUUUACAUUGGGCUGUCUGCUGAGGAAGCCCUUCAGUUGUACGCGCAAAAACGAACGACCAACAAUGAAGGAGUAUCAAUACCUAGCCAGCGUAGAUAUGUUGGUUACUGGGCGAACACACUCUCGUUUCCCAGAGGAGCCAGUGCUGGACCUCUAGAUGUGAACUUGCCUCAUCCAUGUAGUAGGGAAUUGCGGCGAAUCAGACUCUAUGACACUGUCAACACUGAAUCGAUUUUCUUUGUAAUUUCAGAGUUACAAGAGAUACCUAAUCAGCUAUACCGACCAUCUAUGGAAGUUACUAAGGGUUGCUGCCGGCCGAUAAAGAAAGGAUUUCAAAGAAACAAUAGCCCUCGGUAUUAUCUUUCCUUCGAUAGAGGCAAAAUUGUAGGCGAAUCAGAAUCUGAGGAGCCUCAUGUCAUAGUCCAAAUGGAUACUGAAAGCCCCGUACUUUAUCAAAAGACCUGUCUUGACUACUAUUUCGAUAAGCCCUUACAUGUCACUGGCGAUGUUAGGGUCAUAUUCUACCAGAAAAUGAAAGGAGGGCGUCUCUUCUAUGCCUGCUUCAAUACUGCUUUCAUCAGACAGUGCUUGCUCCAGUUCUCUUUGCGAGAUUUGGACAAAGUUGCAAGCAAAGGCAGAUCGAUAUGUGGCAAUGCGUUUUGCCUGGAGUUGCUAUUUGGUCCUGCAAAUGCCAAGUCCUCGUUGAUGCCUCCAAGCGACAAUGAUUUGAGUGACAACUCCUUUUGA